CCCUCCCCCCCCCCAGGAGCCCCAAAAUCCCCGAAAUUGGCCCCCAAAAACUUCCCCAGCGGGGCCGGACCCAGCUCAGGAACCGGCGCUACGCCGCCCUCAGGGAGCUGAUCAAAGCGGGCGAUUACUUCAGCGAGGAGCGGAUGCGGCUCCGCGCCCCGGCGCUCUUCCAGCACUACAUCGGCCGCUUCCGCCCUCCCUGCGGCCCCGAAACCGCCCGGAUUCACCCCGAAACCGCCCGGAUUCCCCCCAAAACCGCGCCGGGCAGCGGCCCCGAAAUGGCCCGGAUUGGCCCCGAAAAUGGCCCGGAUUGGCCCCAAAGCGGCGCCGGGCCGGCCGCGGGAGCCGCGGGAGCUGCGGGAGCCGCGGGAGCUGCGGGAGCUGCUGCUCCAGGCGCUGGACAGGGCCCAGGCUGAGGACGAGGAGGAGGAGGAGGAGGAAGAUGAGGAGGAAGAUGAGGAGGAGGAGCAGCUCCCGGACGAGGCCGAGCGGGAGCUGCUGCUGCGCCGGGAGUUCACCUCCCGCAUGCACCUGAGCUUCCUCGAGGGCCUGGAUGGCGACUUCGACUACAGCCAGGUGGACGGGAACUCGGACCUGGACGCUCUGGAUCUGCUCUCCCAGGACCUGGAGGAUCAGUACUUCGACCAGGAGGAGCCCGGCCCUGCCCCGCCCCUGCUCUAGGCACCAAAACCCCCCAAAUUCACCCCAAAACCCCCCAAAUUCACCCCAAAAAUCCCCCAAAUUCACCCCAGAAAUCCCCCAAAUUCACCCCAAAAUCCCCCCCAAAUCA